AGCGUCGGCUACCUACGAGUGUAAACUUAAGCGAAAAUAUGUGGCGUUUCAUUGAAAAUGUUCAAGAGCCGGCCAAAAAAAAGGCCAAAACACGAGACCAACAGCUUGAGGCACAGCGUGAAUAUGACAAAACCAAAAGGGAUCGUAAUUUUCAACCGUCCUGGUCGAAAGAAUUUCCAUGGUUGACAUUUGAUAACGAUAAAAAGUUGAUGUUUUGCAAGGUUUGCCAAAAAUUUGAUACAACCGGCACAUUUGUUAAUGGCUGUAAUAACUUUAGAUUGCAAAGUGUCCGUAUUCAUGAUAAGUCAGAGGGCCACUUACGUUGUGUAGGAAUGGCAGAUAACACUCCUAGCUCAGAAGGCCAUAGAACUUUAAAAUUGUUGAAUUCUGCAGCACAUGCAAAGUUAAGGCAUUUAUUCAUGAACGCUCACUUUGUUGCUAAGUGUGGACGACCAUACACAGAUUACGUUCAGUUAUGCAAGUUGGACAUUGCAAAAGGGCUGGACAUUGGCAGUACUUAUCUAACAGACAAAAGCUGUCAGAUGUUUAUAUCUUCAAUUGCGGACACAAUUCGAACUAGACAGGAUGCAAAAAUAAAAGCAAGUCCAUUCAUAUCAGUAAUCAGUGACGGGUCUACAGACACAUCUUCACAAGAG